AGACGUGUGUAAACAAGGCGCCUCCUACCAUGGCGUCCCCCGGGUUUGGGACAUUCGGCUCACAUUCCGGCGGCUUUUCCGGCGAAGGAGGCGAUAAGAAGUUCGAUGUUUUCUACAAGGAUCUCAAAGAGACGGAGAAGAGGGAUGCCGUCCUCACCCCAAAGCAACAAAUCGACCGCCUGCUUCGGCCGGGAGCCUCGUACGCCAACCUGAAUCCCUUCGAGGUGCUGCAGGUGGACCCAACCACCCCAAUAGAGGAAAUCAAAAAGAAGUUCCGACGGAUGUCCAUCCUAGUACAUCCCGACAAAAAUCAAGAUGACUCAGAGCGAGCCCAGAAAGCAUUCGAUGAGGUGACAAAGGCAUGGCGAUGCUUGGAGAAUGAGGCGACACGCCAGAAAUGCCUGGAUAUCGUAGAGGAAGCAGAGGCCAUCGUAGCAAAGAGGAUUGAGGAACGGAAAAAGCAGCUCAAAAGAGAAGGCAAGGACACACGCGUGGAUGAAGACGACCCAGAGAAACUGAAACGCGCUGUCUACGUCCAGACCAUGAAGCUCUUCGCCGACAUGGAGCGCAAGAGGAGACAACAGGAAACGCGCGACCAGGAGGAGAGAAAAAGAAAGCGAGAGGAGGAAAUCGAGGAGGAAGAGCAGAAGAAAGCUGAGAAAGAGUGGCAGAAGAACUUUGAGGAAUCUCGAGUGGACCGAGUGAACAGUUGGAAGGACUUUCAGAAGGGAAAGUCUGCAAAGAAAUUCAAAGGAUUUAAACCACCAAAGCACAAGGCCGAGGCAAGGGACUAGCAACAUAUGUGUGUGUAUAUAUAUAUGUGUGAGUGUAUGUAUAUAUAUACAUAAAUAUAAAUGUAUAUGUAUGUAUACACAAAUUUAUGUUUGUGUGUGAAUGUAAACUUCUUUUUUAUCAUCCUUUUUAUUUUUCCUAAUUGUAAUGUAUGUCUUGUUAUCUUUAUGUUUUUCAUUUGUUUUUUUUUCUUUUUUAUGAAGGCCCACUGUCUCACAGUUGAUCACAUGAUGUAAAUGGCGAGGUAAUGAAGUCUUUAUUCAUUUCAUUAGAUGGUUACCUAGUCAUCCUGAGCAAUAGCUGAAUAUAUAUAUGUAUGUAAUGUGGAGACUUUUGAACUUUUGACAGGUUCUUUGUGAUCUUUAUAUUGGGGGAAUUUUUCUUUGAACUUGUUUAUCUAUUUCCCCCAGUCCAGAGGGGAAGAUUUAUUUAUAUAGUUUUUUUUUUUGUUUUGUUUUUUUUUUUUUGUUUUUUUUUUCCAUAUAGAUGUUACCUCGUUUAGAUAGAGAUAAUGGAAUUAUUCUUGGUUUUUCAAAUAGGUUACUGUGGCAUUAAGUAUUGUUAUUUUUUGUUUUUUUACUUAAUUGACAAUUAUCUGUAUCAGAAUCAUUAAUAUUAAUGAUAGUAAUGAUGAUAGUAAUGGUAAUAUAUGCAUUCUUUCCACUCAUUGCCCAAUUGAAUAUUAUUAUUAUCAUUAUUACUAUUACUAAUACUAUUUUUCUUAAAGCACAGAUAAUAUUUUUCUUCUUGUAUAAAGCUUUUAUAUAAAUAAAUUACCAUAUUUAGCACUGAAACCCCUCAGAAAUGUCAUAUUUUUAUUUCCAGUUCCAUAUUGCAACGUCAUCCUUGUAUGUGGCACAGAUUAUGGAUGUUUUCUCUCUUUCUUUUCUUUUCUUUCUUUUCUUUCUUUCUGUUUUAUUUUGAAAGGUAGUUUAUUUCCCCCAUAAAUCAUGUAUUUCACAUUGAUAUCACAGGAAGAUCAUGAACAUCGCUCUGCUAAAAUGUCACAGAAUACAUUUUCUUUACUUUCUUCUUUACCAUUUGAUAUCUCUUCCUCUUUUUUUCUUCUUCUUCUUCUUCUUCUUCUUCUGCAAGAUAUUCAUUAGACAUUUUAUUAUGUAUUAUAGUACUCUCUAGAUAAUUAAUUCAUUGAUGGCAAGUACAUAGACUGACUGCUGUAGUUUUGUUUUGCGAAUUUUGUGAACACAGAUGGUCCCACAAGUGCUCAUUCACCAAGGAGUCAGUCAGUAGGCCUUAUAUCUCACCUGAUUUCCUCAUUCCUUGAAUUUUCAUUUUCUUCUUUCUCCACCUCCUCCUUCUCUUCUGCCUUCUUCUCUACCUCCUCCUUUCUUUCUUUUUCUUUUUCUUUUUCUGUUAAUUUUAUUAUUGUUGUUGCCAUGAUUAUUAUGAUGCUAAUGAAAUAUUAACAGCAAUAAAAGUUGAAAAAGAAACUUUUCAGAGAUCAAGAAAAGGGUAAACGGGUCAGUUAGACAGACCUAGUAAUUAGCUCUAGUGGAGCAAUCUGUGUGAUUAAUUAUUGAUAAUUAAUAAACUAAAUAUUAUGAAUAAUUAUUAAUAAUUAAUAAACAACAUUAAUAAACUAAUCACAGUGGACAUGGCCUAUAUUUAAGUGCCAUCUGGCCAUCAAUGGUUGAAGAAAAUUAUAGUAAUUAAUUUUCAUCUCCUUCUUCUUCUCCUUUUUCUUCUUCUUCUUCUUCUUUCUUGCUUUUAUUUAAAGAAAAAUUCUCUUGCAAGCUACAUUAUACACAAAAUUUAUUUCUUGCUCUUCUUUGGUUCCUUUACUCAAACUUUCUUAAAAUUUCUCUUUUCUUUCAUAAGGUUCAUAUAUAUUGUAGAGUCGUAAAAAUGAAAAAAAGAAAAGAAAAAAUAAAUAGAAAAAAAAUGUGGUCACGAGUCACUCUAAAGCAUGAGUAAGAUUUUCUCAUAAAUAAUUGUUUUUUUGAUUGCUGUGUGUUUCCAAAAUGAUGACAAAGAUUUAUUGACUUUUUGCUGUUGUAAUUUCUAGUUUCAUAAAGUUAGAGAGAGAGAGAGAGGGGGGGAAAUAAAACAUAAAAAAAAAAAAAAGGAAAAGAAAAAAAUCAUACAUUUUCUGAAUCCCAGCAGAUAUUUUUGUACAAAUACUUUUGAACGUAAAUAUGAAAAUGACAAGUAGUGUGUACUUGAUUUUGUCAGCCGUGUUCAAUAAAUUUAGGCCUGUUGGUCCGUUAGUCAGCACAUUGUAUAUAUUGUCAAUCCUAUAAUGAUUGCAAGGAGAACAAUGCGGCUUUGUAAGUAUUUUUUUUUCUUCUUCUUCUUCUUCUUUCUCUUUUUUAAUGACAAGGCAAGGUUUGUCUCUUGUAGCAAAAUGUGUUUGGGAAAUCACAGCCAAAAAUAAAUACACUUGAACCCCA